CAUGUGAUAUGAAUCUACUAUUUAGUCGUGUCUUUCAAUCAACAUUUACUAUAUUUGCCGCUUUUCGAUGACAUUUAAUUGUAUUGCCCAGAAUUGAGCGAUGAAUUGAUGGCAUAAAAGGGCAACAAAUGAGUUGCACUAUAAUAGAGGAGAUACCGAUCGGGAGGAUUGUGGCCAACGAUAACGGCCUCUUGAGUACCAUCACGAACGGCGUCUACACCAAUGAGCACCAGAAACGGAUUGAUUUUGUGUUAGUCUUCCGGAACAAAGACAAUGAAAAGUCCGGUAAAAGUACGGCUAAAGAGCGGCAGAUAUUUGAGACAAAUCUCACAGAAGAGGGACUAAUACUGGAAUACGCGGACAGUGUUGGCAACGAUGAGUACACUUAUGUGCAAAUCUACGCGCCGUGGGAUCUGUUGACCAGAUAUGCGGAAGUGAUGAAACUCCGGAUGCCUAUGAAGACCAUCAGAUCCAAUAUGAGAAUACUGUUUGACGAAGAAUACAGUGCCGAUGGUAUGGCAUUCACGGCGCCGUACACUCGCGAUAAGGAGUACUUGUUUGACAUACCGGUGACCGAUAGGGAGAGGUUCUUCACCAGCAGUCAAAGGGCGCAAAUCGUCGAGUUUAUUCUCAAACGCAAGAGUUUCUCCGCCAAUCCAAUGGACGUCUUCUCCAUCGGAAUCAAUAAAUUACUUUCAGAUGACGUCUAUUUGGCCGCAUAUCCACUGCACGACGGAAAACUGAACGAAGACCGAGACUCGAUCCGCAGUCAACUGAUCCAAGAGUGGGCGUCGCUGUCGUCGUUGACCAGCCGUCAGCCGUUGGAGCGAAUCGUGGACUACUUCGGCGUGAAGAUCGCCAUCUACUUCGCGUGGGUUGGCUUCUAUACCCGUAUGUUAGUGCCCGCCUCUGUCGUGGGAGUCGUCUGUUUCAUCUACAGUGUGGCCACACUCUGGCAGGACGUGCCCACCAAUCAGGUGUGCGCCCCGGAGACCGACCUCUACAUGUGUCCCAUCUGUAAACACAACUGCAAUUACACACUACUCUCCCAAUCGUGUAAUUAUAUGCGCGGCUCAUACCUGUUGGACAAUCCGUCCACAAUUGUGUUCGCCGUCUUCAUGAGUCUUUGGGCCACAUUUUAUCUGGAAAUGUGGAAACGAUAUUCGGCUAAAAUCACCUACAAAUGGGAUUUGUCUGACUUUGACGCUCACGAGGAAUACCCCAGACCUGAAUAUCUA